AUUUGAGGAGGUACAAGGUAUUAAAAUGAAUCAUGCUUAGUGUACAUCAUCUUUGCCACUUUGCCACAUGAUAAUAUACAAUUGGACAAUUUAAAAUUUGGAAAAAAAAAUAAAAAUUACCCGAUCAGUUGUUGACUUGACGACACUGAAGCAAGUCUUGGUCAUUGAGUUCUUCUUCCAAAUUUAAGCCCCUGCAUUCACGCCACAAUUCCAUGAAUCUGGAAAAAAAAAAAAAUUACCCGAUCAGUUGUUGACUUGACGACACUGAAACAAGUCUUGGUCAUUGAGGUCUUCUUCCAAAUUUAAUCCCCUGCAUUCACGCCACAAUUCCAUGAAUUGAUACUAUAAAUAUCAAAUGUUACUGACAGUUUACAAAAUAAAAAUUUGCAAGAAAACUAGGAUUGAUAUAAGUUGUCACUACAUAUAUAGCUAGCUGCUUUUAGCAUUAUAUUUUCUUGAGCAUGGGUAGAGGCUCGUUUCAACUUAUUAUUCUUGUGUUCCUUUUCCAGCUUUUGGAUUUCAAGAUUUUUAAAAUCGCAUACUGCAAACAAAAUCUUCACUCAAUAUGUAGGGAGAAUGAGAAGAAAGUGCUCAUCACGUUCAAAGAAGCCCUUACAGAUCCUUCAGGGAGACUCGCUUCUUGGCACGGAGACGAUUGCUGUAGAUGGAAUGGUGUGAGCUGUGAUAACAGAAUUGGAUAUGUAAUAGAGAUCAAACUCCAAAAUCCAUAUCCAAAUAGUUUUAAUGGCGAUGGAUUCAUCUAUGAGUUGGGUGGUGAGGUUAGUCCUUCUUUGCUUGAUUUGAAAUACUUGAAUCAUUUGGACCUCAGUAUGAAUAAUUUUGGUGGGGCUCGAAUUCCAGACUUUCUUGGGUCAAUGUCCAAGUUGAGAUACCUGAAUCUUUCUAGUGCAUCAUUUGGAGGUCAAAUUCCUCCUAACCUCGGAAAACUUUCUGAGUUGGAGUAUCUUGAUCUCAGUUAUUACUAUAACGAGACGGUAGAAAAUGGUCUUAAGUGGAUAUCAGGUCUUUCUUCAUUGAAAUACCUAAAUUUGGGGGGUAUAGACCUUAGUCGAGCAGCGUCUUAUUGGCUUCAAAAUCUCAAUUCCCUUCCCGUUAUUUCAGAAUUGCAUUUAUUCCAGUGUCAGCUUGUGAAUCUUCCAACUUCAUUUUCGUCUGUUAAUUUUACUUCUCUUUCAGUACUUGAUCUUUCGUACAAUGAUUUUAACUCCACAAUUCCUGAGUGGCUAUUCAAUUUAAAUAGCCUGAAACACCUUGAUCUCAAAUCAAACAAUCUUUAUGGUGUUUUACCAGAUGUCUUAGCAAAUUUGACUUCCCUCGAGGAACUCGACCUGUCUCAUAAUUUUAAUAUUGAAGGAAAGUUACCAAGAAAGCUAGGAAAACUCUGUAACUUGCAGAAACUCGUACUCGCUAACAACAGAGUUGAUGGUGACAUAAUGGAGUUCAUGGAUGGCUUGUCUAAAUGUUCGAACAACAGGCUGGAGACACUGGAUUUGGGAUUCAAUGAACUGACUGGAAACCUUCCCAAUUCACUUGGCUGCCUCAAGAAUCUGCUAUAUCUUCGUCUCUGGCACAACUCUUUCCAAGGUUCAAUUCCAGAAACAAUAGGGAAGUUGUCAUCGUUGAGGGAACUAUACCUCUCAUGCAACCAAAUGAGUGGAAAAAUCCCAGUGAGUUUUGGAGAACUUGUUUCCUUGUAUGCAGUCAACAUGUCUGAAAACAUGUGGGAAGGUGUCAUAACAGAAGCCCAUCUUAAAAAUCUCUCCAGCUUGCGUAUACUAUCAAUUGGUCAGUUGCGGCCAAAUGUUUCCGUGGUAUUCAACAUCAGUUCUGACUGGAUGCCUUCGUUUAAACUCGUUUAUAUCAAAAUUCAGGCAUGCCAACUCGGCCCCAACUUCCCAAGAUGGUUCAGGAAUCAAACCAAGCUUAAGACCAUCAUACUCAAUUAUGCUAGGAUUACAGAUGUUAUACCGGAUUGGUUCUUGAAUAUGGGUUUGGAACUUGAAGAACUGGAUGUCGCGCACAAUCAGUUAAGUGGUAAGAUACCAAACUCACUCCGUUUCUCCCUUGGAUCGAGCGUUGAUUUGAGUUCAAACUUCUUUGAAGGACCCCUCCCACUUUGGUCUACUAAUGUAACGAGCUUGUAUCUGCGGGACAACCUAUUUUCAGGGCCAAUUUCUUCAAACAUUGGGAUAGCAAUGCCUUCUCUGAUUGAAUUAGACAUCACAAGAAACAACCUAAAUGGAACAAUUCCAUUGUCUAUAGGAAAUCUGAUAGGAUUGACAACCCUAGUCAUUUCAAACAAUCAUUUAUCUGGAAGUAUUCCUCAAAUUUGGGAAAAAACUCCCGCUCUUUACAUACUUGAUAUGUCAAAUAACAGUCUUUCUGGCACGAUACCAGACUCCAUAGGGUCCUUAAAUUUUCUCAAAUUUUUAAGCCUCUCUAAUAACAAUCUUUCAGGAGAAGUGCCUUCCAGUUUAGGAAAUUGUACCCAACUACGUAGACUUGAUAUAGGCGACAAUCAAUUCUCUGGAAAAAUACCAGUUUGGAUUGGAGAAAACAUGCCAUCGUUGUUAAUUAUAUGCUUACGGAACAAUUCUUUUACGGGAAAUAUUCCUUCCGAAAUCUGUAGACUCUCUAUACUCCACAUAUUGGACAUCUCGAAAAAUAAUCUGUCCGGGUUUAUUCCCCAUUGUGUUGGAAAUCUGAGUGGCUUUCAGAAAGUGUUUACAUUUCGAAUGGCUGAAUAUGGAGAGGGAUUGCGGCUUAUUACAAAAGGAGGAAUAUUUCGGUACUUGUCCGUGCAGCAGAACCUUGUCAACAGUAUGGACCUCUCAGGCAACAAUUUAUCUGGAGAAAUCCCAUCAGAAUUCGCGAACCUCUUCAGACUGGAAACAUUAAACUUGUCGAUGAAUCAUUUGAGUGGACAGAUUCCGCCAGCUUUUGGGAAGUUAACGUGGUUAGAAACAUUGGAUCUAUCAAAAAAUCAACUGUCAGGGCCUAUUCCAACAACCUUGGUUUCCCUAACUUUUCUGAAUCACCUGAAUUUGUCAUACAAUAAAUUGUCAGGUAAGAUUCCUUCUGGAAACCAGUUCCAGACACUAAUAGAUCCGUCAAUAUAUAUGGGAAAUGAUGCACUCUGUGGAUUUCCCUUAUCUGUCGAAUGUGAUGGCGAGAUUUCUCCACUUCCUGGGCAAAACAACUGGGACAUUGAUGAUAAAAACGAUCUCGAAAAGGUUUGGUUAUUCUCUUUUGUUGGAUUGGGAUUUUUAACAGGAUUUUGGGCAAUUUGUGGAUCUUUGAUCCUCAAAAAACAGUGGAGGGAUGCAUAUUUUAAGUUUGUGGAGAGGGUGGCGGCACGAAAUUGUGUAUAUUUUGCAUAGAAAAUUUUCAAGAAUGGGUCUCAAAUAAAAGAAAAGUAUAGGUAACUUCUUCGUGCUCGUUCCAAGUUCGUUGUACCAAUUAUGAAAGGUGAGAGUGAAACACGAAACAAACUGAGGUAGAUAAAUUAUGUGCUGUUGGCAACAAAGGACAGAAAAUGCUUUUCUUCCUUAAUUGUGUCAAAACUUAAUUAUGUCAAGUCUAGCAUAGUGUCUUUGUACAAACAAUUUACAAGUACUAAGAGAGCGAUUGUGAAAAAAAAAAAAAAA